GCUGGAUCUGCUCUGCCUCGCGUGCGCACCGCCGGCUCUUCUCUCCGUCUCCGGUUCGGACGUCAUGCCGCCGGCCGCCCGCUCGGUCCGGUACCGACUGCGCGUCCCCGUGUGCGCGGUGCUGUGGGUCGGGCUGCUGUGGAGCCGGGUGUCAGCGGGAGAUGAAGAGGCGGCCUCCUCUCCCACCAGCGAGAGCCUCAGAGCCAGAAGCCCCGGCUCCGAGGCCGGAGCUCUGCUGCCGUCCGUCCUGACCCAGAAGGGACGCCCCGUCCCCCGGGGGGGGGAGGUCCUCCCAUCCACUCUGCCCCAGCACCUGCUGCCUCUCCUGGGCAGGGGGCUCAGUGUCGCCACCCCCCCCGGAGGUCGUUCUCUGGAGCCCCGGAGCGACGCACCAACCGAGCCCCCACCCGCACAGACGCCCUCCCAGCCGCCUGAGCAGGAGGACACGGAGGACACGGAGGACACGGAGACGGCGUCCUCAGCCUUGUCGAGCUGCAUGGUGAACUUCUCGGACCCGGAGGGCUACAUCGACUCGUCCGAUGACCCCCCGCUGCCCGCCGGCGCCAUCGUGCACUGCACCUACACCGUGACGGUGUACACCGGCUACGGGGUGGAGCUGCAGGUGAAGAGCGUGAACCUGUCGGAGGGCGAGCAGCUGUCCAUCCGGAGCGCUGACCAGCGCGGCGCCCUGCUGGUCCUGGCCAAUCACACGCUGCUGGUGGAGGGUCAGGUGAUCCGGAGCCCCACCAACACGCUGUCCGUCUACUACCGCUCGGCGCCGGAGGCCAGCGCCGGCGUCUUCCAGCUGCACUACCAGAUCUUCAGGCUGAGCUGUUCUCUUCCGAAGAGGCCUCACUUCGGGGAGGUGUCGGUGCUGGACCUGCUGCCUGGAGGCACGGCCCGCUUCCACUGCCACAUGGGCUACCACCUGCAGGGCGAGCCGCGGCUCACCUGCCUCAACGCCUCGCUGCCGGUGUGGAGCGGCAAGGUGCCGGCCUGCAGAGCUCUUUGUGGAGGCACAGUGAAGAACGCCACAGUGGGGAGGGUUCUGUCGCCUUCGCCCCCCCACGGGCCCAACGCCACCCAGGACCGCUCCUGCUCCUGGUCCCUGGAGGCCCCCAAAGACCAGAGGCUGCACCUCCACCUGGAGAGACUGGCCCUGGGGGUCACCGAGAGGCUGGUGCUGUGGAGCGGGCUGGACGCCGGCUCUGUGGUGCUGUUCGACUCGGGUCGGGGGGGCCAGAUCCCGUUCGAGGGGGUGAUCAGCGAAGGCCCGGCAGUGAGGAUCCAGUUCAUCACCGACCGGCCCGACCACAACACGGGCUUCAACAUCCGCUACGAAGCCUUCGAGCGAGGCCACUGCUACGAGCCGUACCUCCAGAACGGGAACUUCACCACCUCCGACCCGCUGUACGGCGUCGGGGCCGUGAUCCAGUUCACCUGCGACCCGGGUCACGCGCUGGAGCAGGGCCCCCCCGUCAUCGAGUGCGUCGGCGCCAGGGAUCCAUACUGGAACGACACCGAGCCGCUGUGCAAAGCACAGUGCGGAGGAGACCUCGGCGGUCCCGGGGGUGUGAUUCUGUCUCCCAACUGGCCCGAGUGGUACGGGGAGGGGGAGGACUGCAGCUGGACGGUUCACGUCGGGGAGGACAAGCGGGUGCUGCUGGACGUCCAGCUACUGAACAUCAGCGACAGCGACAUGUUGACCAUCACCGACGGCGACGAGGUCACCACCCGCAUCCUGGGCCGCUACGUGGGGGGGUCCGGCCCCUUCAAGCUCUCCUCCACCACCCCCGACCUCACCGUCACCUUCCACUCCGACCCGGCCGGACUCGUCUUUGGCAAGGGGGAGGGCUUCAUCAUCAACUACAUGGAGGUGUCUCGAAACGACUCAUGUCCGGACCUGCCGGAGAUCCAGAACGGCUGGAAGACCACGUCCCACAUCGCCCUGGUGCGCGGCGCUCAAAUCACCUACCAGUGCGACCCCGGAUACGACCUGGUGGGCCGGGAGACCCUCACCUGUCAGCUGGAGCUCUCCUGGAGCUCCCAGCCGCCCUUCUGCGAGAAAAUCAUGUACUGCUCUGAUCCGGGCCACGUGGAGCACUCCACCAGGUCCCUGUCCGACCCCAAGCUGCUGGUGGGCACCACCAUCCAGUACAGCUGCAACCCCGGCUUCGUCCUGCAGGGCGGCGCCACCGUCACCUGCUACGGCCGCGAGCCCGGGACCCCCGUGUGGACGUCCCGCCUCCCCCACUGUGCAUCGGAGGACUCUGUGUCCUGUGAGAACCCCGGCCUCCCCGACAAUGGCUACCAGGUCCUGUCCAAGAGGCUGUACCUGCCCGGCGAGUCGCUCACCUUCGUCUGUUACCAAGGUUAUGAGCUCAUCGGGGAGGCGGCGAUUAAAUGCAUCCUGGGGAACCCGUCGUUCUGGAGCGGGCCGCUCCCUCUCUGCAGGGCAGACCACAGCUGCUUUGGGCACCAUGCUUUGGAAGUUGCCGAGGCAACCGCCGGCUCCACCCUGGACGGAGGCAACGUGGCGCUGGCCAUCUUCCUCCUCGUCCUGCUGCUGUCGGCGCUGCUGGGGGGGGCCUACGUCUACGUCACGCGGUGCCGGCAUCACUCCAACUUGAGGCUUCCUCUGAUCUACCCUCAUCCCUACCGACAGAUCACCGUGGAGACGGAGUUUGACAACCCGCUGUAUGAGAGCGGGGGGGAUUCUCGAGAAUAUGAAGUGUCGAUAUGAGAGAGGACAUCACCCCCCCCCCCCUUCUGCGCCUUCUGGAGGAGGCGAUGUAAAUACAAACAGACGAUGUCCCGCCCCUUCAAUCCUCCUCCUGCUUUUGUUUGAUGUGACGGAGGAAAAAAAAGAUACAAAGAUCCUUAAAGAACAUUCAAAAUGGUGAGGAAAGGAGGAGUUAAGGAUGGGAGGAAAGGGAAGGAGAAGGGGACAGGACACAAAUGACGACUGAAGCACUUUUUAGUAUUUUUGUCAAAUUUGAUUUGGUGAAAAGAAAUCCUGUAACAAAAAAGCGAGUUCGUCAUAAUCCUUCACAUUUUCAUGAAAUCACACUAUUUAUGGUCUGACUUAUUUGGCAACUCAACGUAAUUCUAUUUAUUAACUGUGUAAUAGUUCUAUUUGUUAGUGGCAAAGUGAAUAAAUUCACAGGAAAUAAUGCAGCGUUUCUGUACUUCAUCUCACACAGAGCGGUGUGAAGCUAAUGCUAAUGCUAUGUCACUACCGCUAAUGCUAUGAUGCUACCGCUAACGGCUUCGCAUUGAGAGAGUCAGUGUAGCUUGUUUUCCAGGAAGGGAAAACCCUUCAUAAUAAUGGUCCUUGUCUGCAGUCGGGAGCGUCCCAUCAGCUUCAAACCGCUUCCUCGUGUGAAGGAGAUUCAGGAAGGAAAACACUUUCCUUUUUCUGUUUUAAUAUCGAAGAUCGAUUCUGGGUUUAGUUUCACUCCUUUGUCUUUGUGUCUUUGAUUUUCACUGCAACAUAAAGUCCUGCUCCUCUGUGGGAACAGAACCUUCAUGAGUACAGAGAAGAGGUGUGCGUGGUUUGGUCACGUGACCCAAACAAUGGAGUCGAUAUAUGCAACAUGUUCCCAAGUGGCCACAGGUGUUACUUCAUAUCUCCAUAGAAUGAGUAUAAAGAACAUGGGGGGUGGACUUUGUUGUUGUCGUUGUAGUUUACAUGCACAGGCCCCAGGGGGGGGCCGGGCCCUGAGGGGGGGCCUUGGAGGCUUUGGUGCGUCGCUGAUGUCAUGUAGUUAUAUUGGGGGGGGGGGCGUUUGUUAAUAGCCUAGCUGUAGUCCGACCCACCACAUGAUGUAUUUAUUUUGAUGUACUGUAUAUGUGAUGUUUUAUGCAGAUUGGUAAAUGUACAUUUUAUUACGAGAAGACCGAUGUUAACAGUUUCCCUAAAUAAAUGGUAAAACUUAAUAAAAAUGUACAAAAGACUUCUA